AUGUCAUUACUCCGAGUAGUAAGUCGCGAAAUAUUUGCCGCCUAUCGCCAGGGAAUCGUUUCCACCACCACAAAUCGAUCGUUCCGGACGUCCGCCCAACGAUUGGCCGAUAAGGCGGAGUCGUCUGAAGGCGUUGCCGCUGGGGAGGAUUCAGUAGAAGGCCAGGAGGAAUCUAACAAGGGACAGGUACGAGAGGAUCCGAAAGAUCGUACGCGCAUUAUUCCGGUCGAGACCAGCAUCCGGUACUUGGCCAGUGAAGCGUAUCAACAAACUUACCAAGGCGAACCGGUGUGGAAGCAGUACCGAAGGAACCACAAGGGAGUUUAUCCGCCUAAGCAAACCCGCAAGACGUGCAUCCGACAGGGUAAGCUUGCGACCGGAAAUCCUUGCCCCAUUUGCCGGGACGAGUUUCUGGUACUGGACCACAGGAACACCGAUCUGAUCAAGCAGUUUGUGUCCUCGCAAAGUGGCAAGGUGCUCAGCUACCAGAUUACGGGACUGUGCCAGAAGCGGCACCUCGAACUGCUGGUGGCCGUCGAACGGGCUAUGGACUACGGUUUGAUAACGUUCGAUGUGCCAUUCCGGGAUUACGACUACUCCGAAUAUUACCCGGCGCAGAAGCAGUAG